CAAGACGUUUCGGGGCGGAAACAUUUUUUCAUUAAUUAAAAACGAAAGAGAUAUAAAGAGAUAUAUCUACAAAGUAGGUUUCUUUGAAAGUAACUUCAAAGUCCCCAAGUGUAUCUUCGCUGUUUUUUACUAAAGAUCUGCUAAAGGCUCCGUCAAGUUUCUUCAUCUAGGUAUCAUCUGAUGAUGGCGCAGAAUCACUUCUGCACAUUUUACAAAGCGAAUCUUUUACUCAGUUUGUUAUUACACCUAUCUCAAGUUCCGCUUUUUGCAAACGAAAUUCUGAAUAGCGCGAAGAUUGAAACGGAAAAAAGAAGUCAUCCCCUGCCGCAUUGGAUAGAAGAGCUACCCGACUCCAUCCCCCUCUGGAUGAAGAUUAGUGCUUCAAACUACCGCGGUUCACCCCAGCAAGUGACCUGUGCGAUGGUGAAGAUGGCAAAGGCUUUGGAAGACAUGAGGGCUGCACGUGCAAGAAACUGUGACAGUUACUUCCGUUGUAGAGGGAGUUUGUUGGCGGCGAAAUGCGGAAUUUACGCUGCAUCAUUUGCCCGUUACAUAAGGUAAGUGUUUUCCUCCUUUUCAAUUUAAUAUUUUUGUUUUUCAUUUUGAAAAUUUUCCGGCCAUUGGUGAUUCUGCAUGAUUGGCAAACGGGUAAAAUAACCAUCAUCGGCGGCGUCUUCCUCUUCCUCUUUUCGCCCUCUAAAAGGUCUAGAAAGUUCCUCCUCUAAUCAAACAUAAUCCCUAACAUGUAUGGUAGUCCAGUGAUUCCAGUCUCUGUCUUUCAGAACCUUACAUCGUUGAUCUAGCUAUAACUAAAUUAAAGAGUCAUUUAAUAAGCCGUAGCUGCUGGUUCAUGACCAGCUAUACCAAGUAUUUUGACGAGACCAUAGGAGUACAUCAGCAGUUCUUCGUUUCAUAUUGAAAAGGAAUAUCUUACAAAACACUGAACUAAAAAGGAAAUGCCGUAGGCUGCGCGCAGUUUCACCAGACAUUCCUCUUGCAGUGCGCCAGCAUUAAAAUCACACAAACAAAAGAUAAAAAGCAAACUCAACAACAAUCUCGGGAAAAAAUGAAAUUAAAAUCGACUGACAAAUGAAACGAUCAGUGUUACUUCCUUGCUUAGUUCAUAUUGAACCGCGAGGUUUAGUUUACUUUAAAAAAAAACAGCGUCCAGUUAAACUGCAGCUCAAAGGGAGCAUUCCAAAAGAUUCCUGUGACAAACGACGGAACCUCGAUGGCAUGCAGUUUAUUCAAUCUUUUUAAUGCUGAAGACUAAAGCUACCUAAAGCUACAAGAGCGCAUUUCAAGGGUAGCAUUAAGCCUCCUCGGAGCGUUGAACAUAUCUCUAUUGACGGCACAUCAUGGACAGUGACGAAUGUUAGCGCAAAGGAUCAGGAACAUGCGCGUAUAAGUUGAGCAAAUGAUAGGGAUAUACUAAGUUUGGCUCGUUCUCUUCAAACUGGCCUUUAUGCUAGAAUCUUAGUCACGUGUAUCAAAAAAAUUCAGAAUCUCCAACGUUUUAUAGUCUCCCUCCCAUCCCAAAAACGGCUGCGAGGGAGACUACCAAUGUUUUAGACGCCCGGAAAGUGAUUUGGAAGCAAGGCCAGUCAGUUAGGUUUGAAGUUGAAGAGCCAUACCUGGUGUAGAACUUGCAAGGAAGCUGAGAGACUGGAGCGACGAGCUGAGGAAGCGAAUUGAAGCCAGCUCGCAGUUAGAUGAAACUGAGUAUCCAACAAUCUAUUGCUGGUUUUCAGUGUCACGCCAUUCAAAAUAGAUCAAAUAUGCAAAGACUCUCGUCAAGAUUCAGGUCAGAGGAAUAUUUCGUAUUCGAGAUAUCCAAAGAAAUGUUUUACCCAAACUUAUAGAGAUUUAUAUGGAGACGUCAUGUUGGUGCUCAUCCGGAUGAGCACCAACAUGGCGGACGGAAACUAACAGAAACAUCUGUUGCCGAGUUUUGCUACAAAAUUGUGAAUUUAUUCUUCGAUGAACUUAUUAACAUUGAAGUAACAUUAUGCUUGUGUGGGUGCGUGCGUGCGUGCGUGUUUGUGUUUUAAUGAAUAACAAAGCUACAUUAGAAUAAAGUCAAUCCUGUUAAAGGGCCAUAAUUAGUUUUCUAUAAUGUGCCCUUCUUAAGAUUCUAACUUUCUUUUCUUUAUUAUGUACACGUAGUUUAAUCAACCUUGUACUAAUUGAUAUUAUACAACUAAUGUAUUAUCUAUAGGAUGGAGUAAAAAUAAAAUAGAAAAUACAAUACAAAGUAAUACUUAUUCUAAUACAUAUACUGUUUAGAUAGCAGUAAGUCAUUUUUUUUUAACCUACAUGACAACUCUCUUGGCCGUCAUGUAAAUGGCGCGUCACGAUAAAGCUUAGAAAUUCAAGCGUACUCUAUCACAAAACCAAGGACCCUUUUGAAGCGAAAAUUUGCAUGAAAAUUAGUUUUCAGCCGCUCUAAUACAUCGUAAAAGUAAAAUCUCGAUAGGAUCGACAGUUUUGUAGUUUGAAUCUUUAGUGACGUCAACUGAUACACCAGCAUACCAGCCGAGUAAUGUCUUUCAAUGUAACCCUGCUUCAGAUGCUUCUUCCAAGUAGUAAUAGCACUUGCUAUAAAAUAGCAAGAAAGACACGAAAACAGAAGCAAAAGACAGAAAAAAGUGCGGAGAGCUCAAAGGGUGACAGCCAUAAUUGUAGUAUGCAUACAUCAAGCAGAAAAACUGAAAGAGAUGGAAGGCGCUGACUAUUCUUGCUAUGACUUCAUCGUACAGCUCACUACUAAGGUCGCACCUGACGUGACAAAAGUAGAUGGCUGCCACAGAUAACCUUCUGCAAUAGCUUUUGUUGCACAAAGAUUUGUCGAAACAUCCUUUUUUAAUAAAGAAUUCCGUACAACCACCCCCGUUUACCCAGGCGUCAACUCUCCCGCAGACUUGGGUAUCGUCACAGACUAUAUACUCUUUUUCCUUCCUGUCACAAUCUACACGCGCGCGCCUUGUUGACGAACAGUAUUCGCAGUAUUUGCGGCUGUAUCCUGCAAAACAAAGCAAAACACAGUGCUACGUCAAAAGUUAGUCUGUUUGAGUUUUGGUGGGAAAAAGUGAAAUUACGGCCAAGAGACGGCUCAAUGACUCUACUUAGAAUUCUGAAUAUGAUGGUUAAACUGGUGUUUGUCCAUACAAGAAAUAACAAAUAUCCCAUAAAUGUAAACAAUUCAGGCUUUACACUAUAUACAGAACAGCUGACAUGCUAACAUGUUCAUUUGUUCGAGAAGUUGUAAUUGCUCCCGCAGGGAUUUCGCCCCGAGAAGGCGCUUUUUUUUAUCCCGAGGAGACAUCUGAAGUAACUCACGCGUAUAUAUGUUGUAGUUAAUUUUUCAUUUCAGGUAAUUUUUAUUUUUUCCUUUGUUUAAACAUCAUUAGCAUACAUUACCAUACCCAAAAACAAAAGGAAAACUAAAACUACCUGAGAUAAAAAAUUAACUACAACAUAUAUAGAAAAGUACUUACAGUUGAAAUUUGCACUCAGUAUACCGCAAAAAGUCUCCAUUUGUUUGAUCUGCGCUCAAGUUAAACAGAAAUAGCGAAAAAUUCCAACUUCUAAUCAGAUCUUUUAUUAUGGUGCCACUGAGGAGAAAAAUUUCACAACAAACUUACAAUCUUUAAAGGGGGAAGAAUAUUCUCCUGCACUUGCCUGACAAGUUUGCCGACUGCAGGCGUAAACAGCUACGCACACAAUUUCGCGCUUUUGCUUUUUCACGAAGAUUAUUUUGAAAUUAACUGUUGACAUUUCUAUGUGUAAAAUAAAAUGAGAAGUGAAAUAUUUUAUGAUUAUCAUCCAUCAAAUGUUAAAAUUUUUCAGAAGAAUAACUUUUUCAUCCCGAGAUGAUCCUGUUCAUUAUUUCAACAGGGUAAUAAUUUGUUUUAUGUAAAUUCAUCCAGAUUUAUUUUGAACAAUUUUUUAUUUCGACUGCUCAUAAAGGUGGCUUUAAAUCUCUCCAAUAUUGGCGUUCAGCAGCAGAUGGGUAGGAGCUGCAAAGGAGCCGCGUAUAAACGGACAAAAAAAAUCGCUUUCAGUUAUCUAUGAUCCAUGAUUAGCGCCGCGAGAAAUAAUCUCGCGAGAAAUUUGAGAAAGAUUUCAACUCAUUGACAUUUCAACAGUUUGACAGCCGAAAUCUAAUCAUCGUAUCUCAAACGUGCCAAAAGUGGGCGGAAGAGGGCCGGGGGGGUGGCACUUUGGUAUUUUUAGGGUGUGUAUGUGCCGCCCGGGACUCCAAAUUGGCACCCCGUACUAGAAAAAAUUUCCCCUAAAAUUGAUACCCCGUUCUAGAAAUGGGCCAAUUUUUUAUACUCCGUUCUAGGGUGACAAGAGUACAACAGUUUGCUUGUUAACGCAUUGAACCGUGUUCUUAAAAGCAAUCUGUCCUUGAAUACUUUCAAAUGGCUGCUCACAAAACUGGAGCUUUCGUGCGUUCGAAAUAUUAUACCCGGUUCUAGAAAACGCCUCUGAAAUGGAUACCCCGUUCUAAAUCAGGAGCUUCAAAAUCACGACCCCUUUGGGCGGCACGUACCCGUAUAGGUAAUGUAUGGGAGUACCCCCCCACCCCCCCGGGGAAGAGGGUCGCUAAAGAAAUGAUUACAGGCUCUCUCUCCUUUCCUUGUUCCUUUUUCCCGCUACGCCAACCUUUCACGUGCCUUUUUCUUUGGCGUCUUCCCCACUAUCUCAGAGCCUGGAACAGGCUAUGCUACCUCUCGUCAUGUCACGGAACCACUGAAGAACAACUAAAGGAGACUCAUUAAGAUUUUUAGUCUCCGUAUUUUCUCGAAUAAGCGCCCACGCUCAAAUAAGCGCCCUCUCUAGAAUAAGCGCUCUCCCAUGGGCCAUAACAUCAAACAAGCGUUGCUCUCGAAUAAGCGCCCCCUCCCCAUUACUUUCUUAAAUAGUAGUCGAAUAGUUGGGAUACAAGAGGAAUGCAAUGAUCUUCAUACCACUGACGAGGAUGAUCUCGAAGAUGAUGAGAUAAUCGACAUUUAUAAACGUGCCUUCCGAUACAUUACUGCAAAGUGAAUAAUGAGACUACAGUACGCUUGAUUACCAACAACUGUUAUAAUGAACGAAAGACAUUUUACCCCAAAUAGUUGACACUUAACGUUUACAUUGAUAUUGUUGUAGUACUUGCUUUUGUAUUUAUAUUUUUAAAAGAUUUAGCUAAAAUAAAAUUACAGGUCGUUGGAAGAAAAAGAAAAGGUGCCGUUCUUGAUUAAGCGCCCUCCAGUUCCAAGAAGGGCCCCUCUUUUUAGCCGAAAUUUUGUGUGUUCUUAAGUACGCUUGCCUAUAACAAACUUGCCAACUGCAAUUCACCACACAUGUGACGUGCCAACGAACAUCCAUAAUGUCCAUAAGAGAGCUACAAAAUUUCACAUACUCCAAGCACAAACACUGACCGCGGGAUGUUAAACACAAAACUAAAAGAAAAAACUCAUAAAAGUAUAAACAAUACUGAAAAUUUAAAAUUUCUCCCCCAAAUAGAUUUUUUCUCUUGAAAUAAGGAACCUAUCCUUUAUUAUCAUUAUCAUAGCUUUUCUUUUCACUAGUUUUUCCUGAAGAUUUGAACUUAUUGUUUUAUAAUCAUUUCACUGUUCAUAGUUUUGUAGGGGGUAGGUUUUGGGGGGUACUUCCCAAUUAUAGGGUAAUGGGGAUGUGCCGCUGGAUGGGGUCGCAUUUUUACGACUGGAUUGACUAAGAAAGGGGUUUCAAUAAAUGCAACAAAUCUGCUAGCUCCUUUCAGGAUGACCUAGAGUUACUAGAAUGGGGGGUCUGCUAGCUCCUUUCAGGAUGACCUAGAGUUACUAGAAUGGGGGGUCUCACAUUUUCGGGAUUUUAGCGGUAAGAAUAUUGCGGUAAUUAGGGACUUCAAACCGUGAGGAUUUUUACUAAAUUAAAUGCAACAAAUCUGCUAGCUCCUUUCAGGAUGACCUUGAUAAAAGGCUUUAUAAGGUAAAUGCAUAAACAGAAACUGACUAAAUAUGAAAUUACAUUUGCCCAAGAGUGACGAAUAUGGGGUCUAUAAUUGACCACAGAGUUGACUAUAAUGGGAGACGAUAAUGACAGACUAGCGGCACAUACCCAGCAAAAACGUACUCAAGUAACCCCCCCGGGGGCCCCACGCAUCGUCUAUACCAUUCAUGAAUUCUGUUUUCUUUCUUUUUUGAAGAAACACUCUCAAUAACAGGUCAAAAAUUUAACUAAGUGUCAUAAAAAUGGCAGCUACCGUUUACGAAAGGGACAAUUGCGGUGCCGGGCCGUGCCUGAGUACAAGGUAUCGACCUUGUACUCAGGCACAAAAGUGGACACUGGGUCCCUGCGUGUAAACCGUUUUCAAUUAAUUUGUUAGUUCUGUGGCAGUCCACUUCUUUGCUCUCGGAGCUAAGCUCAUGUUUAAAAACGGAGGCUGUCAGGACGAAAUGGAGUAACUAUGUACACAGUCACAUAUUGGGUACUCAGUGUGAACACAGCAUCAUUUUGUGCCGGUACCCAGGCACCCGUUCCUCAGGUUCCCGAGCACCAAGUGCAGACAGCCCCUUAGAAUGUCUGCGACGCAGGCUAGUUUUAUGUAGUCUGUGUACGUACGUUUGAUUUUCGAACGUUCGAUUAUGUUCGAUUGGUUUAAAAAGUGUUCGAUUUCCGAUCAUUCGAUUGUGCUCGAUUGGCAAAAGGUUAGGGUGAGUUUGAUUAUAUUCGAUUACCGAACCCGAUCGAAGUCAAUCGAACGAUUGGAGUUCGAUUGGGUUCGAUUACCAAACGUGCGAUUGACUUCGCCGGGAAAUUUAGAAAGGAAAAUUAUUUCGCGCAUUCUUCCAUUUCUUCUCGACCAAUAACUGUUUCUUUUCGAUUAAAAAUAUGCAUGUAGUAUUGAGAUAUGAUCCUAUGGACCAGAUACCUAUGGACGUAGCUCUAAGACAUGCUCUGGCUAGCGUGACAAAAAUGUUAAAAACCCGACCUUUGCUUCUCGCAAUGAAUAACAGUUCGAUAAUUUUCGUUCUCCUAAGAACUGACGAAAACAUACCUUCCAAACAAGAAUUCGCGCAAAUAGAGAGAAGAGAGAGUUAAAUUAUGGAAAGGAAAAAAUGUGGAAGUCCUGCCGACACGUGUUGACAAAGUGGAUACGCGGAUACGCAGUGACUGAGUAUCCGCGUAUCCGCGUAUCCACUUAUCUUUUGGGUUUGCUUUAAAGUGACUGGGUAUUCUGCAGUUAAGCCAAAACGUAGGUCGAAAUAGCGUUUGUCUGAUGCAUGCGAGAAAAGGCUCUAAAAUAUGUGAAAGUGAGUGGACGCAUUAGAUCUCAUCGAUCCCGACUUUCUUUACGAACAACAAACAGAGCAAUGAAGUAAAUCAUUAACACAAGACACAACAGAUCGUGUCAAUUAUUGUCCAAGCAUGCUUGAUAACAACUUACCAACUGAAAUGAUGCACAGAAGAAAGUAAACUGAGGCGAGAACAGAUAGAAUCUUCAUUUUGUAAGCAUUCUGCGCUUUAACUCCGAUCCAGAAGAUGGGAGGAAACGUAUUUGUAUCGGAAACUAUGUUUUUUGGCUAGUGUCAAGAUCCAAAUACUCAAAUAAAUAACGCAACGAUAAAAACGGGUCAGUAGUUCAUGUAUGACCCCAUGAAAUGUCCUAACAGCCCAGUGCCAUGUACGUCAUAGGUACAGAAGUGUAGUGUAGUCAAUGUAGUAAGUAUGGUAGCUGUAGUGUAGCUGUAGUAGCUGUAGUAAAUGUAGUAGCUGUACAAAAACAAAAAAAACAAAACAAAAAAAACAAAUUUUAUUGAAAAUUGGAAAAUAACUAAUUACAUUACUUUCCCACCCGCAAAUAGCUUAUGCACUAAUCGAGGCGGGGGGAGCUGAAGACAUAUUACAAAACAAGAAUUAUAUAUAGAUGGACUAAAUAACAGUGAAGACACUACAAUACAGUAAAUAGAGUUUAAACUAACAUAAAACAAGGCAUGUACAUAACGAUUACGAAGAGAGGUUAACCUAAAGUAUUAAAUAACUUAAUAAGACGGGAGACUUCGACAUAAUCAUCUUCUGACCGCCAAAAAUUUAGUAAUAAUUCCUUUAUUUUUUUACGAAAGGACGAACGUUUAAGUAUUUUAAUCGAAUACGGAAUAGAGUUCCAAAUUUGGGCACCGAUUCUCGUGAAAAAGGCAUACAUUUUAUCGGUUCUAGAGAACUUAACAUAAAACGAGUCGCUAGAGACAGAUCUUGUUCUGUAGUUAUGAAUCUGACUUGUUUUAACGAACUGAUUGAGAAUACUAACUGGUGCUGUCUGUCUGUUGAUAUCAUACAAUAAAUAGCUACAAUCUCUGAAAAAUAUGCUAGGCAGGGGAAGGCAAUUUGAUUUGAGAAAGAAGGGUACGGCGUGUUCCUUAGACUUACUGAAGUAAAUCAGACGUAAGGCCCGUUUUUGUAGAGUUACGAUCUUUCGUUGAAAUGUCAAGGCACAAUUUCCCCAACCACAAAUACCAUAAGUCAAGUAAGGGACAAUUAAUAAGUUGUAAACUGAAAGUAAAACACGACGCGGGACAUAAUGUCGAAUUUUAGCUAUAAUUCCUAUCGACUUGCUGAUUUUGUGACAGACAGAUUCGAUGUGGUAUUUCCAUGAAAGAUUUGAAUCAAUCAUUAAGCCAAGAUAUUUUACAUAAUCUUUCAUUUCAAGGUUUGCGUAGGUGUUAGUCACGGAGUCAAAAAUUCUAAUCCUAGGUAUGAAGGGCAUAUUCUUUUGCCGGGGACGAAAGAUUACAAAAUUUGAUUUUUUUAUGUUCAAGGACAGUUUGUUGGCCUUUAGCCAUUCGUUGACGUUGCCAAGCUCGCGAUUAACAAGUGUUUCGAGUUCCUUUAGGUUGUUAUUUGCAAGUAUUAUACUAGUAUCGUCAGCAAAUAGAUAAAAGGCAAAUAACGAAGAGGACUUGUAAAUAUCAUUGAUGUACAGUAGGAAUAAGAGUGGUCCGAGGACUGAGCCUUGUGGCACGCCGCACAAGGUCGUUUCAGCCUCAGACACAACAUUAUUAACUUCCGUAGUUUGCUUCCGAUCAGUCAGGUAUGAUCUGAACCAGGAGUUUAUUACACCUCUAAUACCAUAAUUUUCAAGUUUAGCUAACAAAAUUUCAUGGUUAACAGUAUCAAAAGCCUUUUUGAGAUCGAUGAAAACACCGCACGAAAAUUUACCGUUGUCCAUGUUUUGGAGAAUUGUGUUAACAAUAUCAAGUACAGCAUGCUGAGUACUGUGCUUACUGCGAAAACCGUAUUGCUGAUCAUAGAGAAUGUUGCAAUCUUUGACAAACUUGGUAACUCUGGAGUACAUAAGUUUUUCAAAAAUCCUGUUAUAAAUCGAGAGCAGAGAAAUAGGUCGGUAGUUUUCGGGCAGCGUGUCAUCUUCGUCCUUAAAUAUCGGGAUAAUCUUAGCACACUUUAGUUUAGAUGGAAAAAUCCCUGAGCAAAUAGACUGAUUAAAAAUCGUGGCUAGAGGUACGGAUAUGACCCUUUUUGCUAAUUUCAGCAGCCUAACUGGAGAUGAGUAGAGACCAUGGGCCUUGUUGUCUUGCAAAACUGAAAUUUCUAAAUUGAUAUCUUCCGGAAUAAUAGGAUCAAAGAAGAAAGUGCGAUUAAGUGGCGGAUCUAAAUAAUCAUAGAAUGUAUUUAUGGUCUGAGGAAUUUUAGAAGCCAGUUUGCUCCCAACAGUGGCGAAAUAUUUGUUAAGAAUAUUGCUUAUUUCCUUCGGGUCACUAGUUGGAACCUCAUUCGGGUUGUAGUAGCUGUAGUAGCUGUAGUAAGUGUAGUAGCUGUCGUAAGUGUAAUAAGUGUAGUAGCUGUAGUAGCUGUAGUGAGUGUAGAAGCUAUAGCUGUCAGUAGAAAAUACAGCAGCUGCAGAAAGUGUAGAAACUGUAGUAAGUGUAGUAAGUAGAGCAAGUAAUAAAUCGCUUAAUUUUCUACUACACUUACUAGCUACAGCUACUACAGCCACUACACUUACUAUAGCCACUACAGCUAUAUAUUCAGCUGCUAUAGUUACUAUAGCUACUACACUUACUACAGCUACCACACUUUCUACAGCUACCACAGCUCUUACUACAGCUACUACAGCAACCACACUUACUACAGCUACUACUAACAGCUACUACACUUACUACAGCUAUUACAGCUACUACAAAUACUACACUUCUGUACCUACGACUUACAUGGGACUGGGCUGUCAGGACAUUUCAUGGGGUCAUACUUCUGUACGUACAGCUACAUUUGCCACAACAUGGCACUGUGCUUUCAGGACAUUUCAUGGGGUCAUUAAUGAACUACUGACCAUAAAAACAGUGAUAAAAAUGCUUAAACAAUAUGUUACUUUGACCUCUCUGGGAUGAGGCAGAUCUGAAAAUAGGAAUGGACUUUAUGCAGGCCGGGUCUGAAAGCGGGACUAGGCGGAGGUCUAUAAUGUAUAAGGUGUAUAAUGGCAAGUUUUUGGUCAGGGCCAAGACAUUCCGAGAAGAAACGUAAACCCCCGCAGCUUUAAUUCUAACGGCGGGAUGCUGCUGGUCGCAGUCGAGGCCCGGCUCGAGGGUGUUGAAGGUCAGAAUUUUGACUGACACUGAGUGAUAAUCAACAUGACUUUUGAGCAAGUCAGAUCUGAAUCUGCAAAAUGGUUGAAAAAAUUUGGAAAAACACCGUAGACGGCAGACUAAUCUCAAGGGUAAAAAAAUUAUGAGGAAAAAAAUCAAAACAACAACAACAACAACAACAACAAGGACUAAAAACAACAGCAACGGUCAACAAUCUUACUUAAUAACCUUGAAAUAGUAAAAAAACUCAAAAUAGAGCGUGUUUAAUUAAAUUGUAAGACGAGCGUUCUUCAGUGAUUUCAAUCAAAAUGAAUUGGUUAAUUUUUCCUCUUUUAGCCCACAUUUUGUCAACAUUUUUACCGGUUGGCAGUUGCAGCAGUUGUCAUUUUAUACAUCUUAACCUAUCAGUGGGAAAGACAGUUAAAGCAAUAAGAAAUGGUCAUGAUUCUGGUAAUGUGAUCUCAGAUGCAGGUUUUACGUUUUGCUUGGUAAAUAAGUUCUAACAGGCGAGAGAAUGUAUCAGUGAAAUCUCAGGUUCAUGAUGAUAAUAAAUUUCAAGCUUUGAUGAGAUGUCAAUCUCGUUUUAUCCCCUAGUUAUCAAUUCAAAAUUGACUGGACAAAAAAACCGACAAUAUGACUAACAAUUAAAACAACUGCUAAAGAGGCGGAUUGAAACGCACCAAUGACAUUUAGGGUCUUCAUAGCCAAUAACAUUACGUCUUAAGUGACAGACGACCAUUAACAUCGCGACUUAUUUAAUUGACCACUCCAGAAAAUACCAUAACAUACCAUAGUACUCUUUGUUGGUCACUCCAAAAUUUUGCAUAAGCAAUGUCUUCAGUUUCUCUUGGGAGUUAAAAUGGCCCCAGGAGAAACUGAAAACAAUGCUUAUGCGAAAUUUUGAAGUAAGCAACGAAGGGUAUUAUGGUACGCUAUCAUGGUAUUUUCUGGAGUGGUCAAUUGUCCAAUCAGGUCAAUAACCAGAGUUUAAUACCAUCAACUGACGUAUAGCCUGCGUAGCAAGCGCCGGUUGCUAUUUUUUUACAGAGAUCGCGAGGAGAACGCCUCGCAUGUUACCAGCUGGCAUGUUCCUGUCGUACAAUACAUUGCUACUGUUCCUAUUCUUCCAACUUAUACGAAAGUUGGUGGCAAAUUGAUCUACCCUAAGUCAUCUUGUAAGUAGGAUAAAGUGAGGAAAUUGGCAUGAACCUAUCAACUUUCUAAUCUGAAGUCAAAUUGCGUCCUUUCGUACACUAUAUUCAAGUAGAGUGUUGCUUCUUGACUGACUAAAGUAAACACUUUAUAAACUGAUUGUUAUUUAUCAACAGUUAUAAGCCGCAGUGGCGCAAAGGAGUCAUGGACAAGUACUAUGACAGUCGGGCAGAUAAAUUUGGCUUAUCAGGAGGGAACUGCCUAAAGCAAUACAAAUACGGGACACUUGGAACAGCUCAUGAAUGUAACCUACCCUGGUAUUACCACAAAUGA